AUGGCUACGACAACUGGCGCAUUCAUUGCCGGCGGCAUUGCAGCUUGCGGCGCCGUGACCGCAACCCAUCCUUUCGAGACGGUCAAGAUCAGAUUACAGUUGCAAGGAGAAUUGCAAGCUAAAGAAGUGGCAGUAAAGAACUACAAAGGGGUGUUCCAUGGCGUUGGAGUCAUCUUGAGGAAUGAAGGAUUGAAAGGCAUCUAUCGAGGAAUCGGCAGCGCAUACAUCUACCAGAUUCUCCUAAAUGGCUGCCGUUUAGGAUUUUAUGAGCCGCUAAGAGCUGCCUGCAGCAAUCUGGUUUUCAAAGAUCCCAAUGUCCAGGCACUCUCAGUCAACAUUUUCUCCGGAGCGACCUCAGGAAUUCUCGGAGCAAUGGCUGGCUCUCCCUUCUUCCUUGCCAAAACUCGGUUGCAAUCUUAUUCACCUUUCUUUCCAGUUGGGACUCAGCAUAAGUAUCGCAACGCGCUCGACGGCUUGACCCAAAUCUACAAGGCAGAGGGCGUGAAAGGUCUCUACCGCGGUAUGGGUGCUUCGAUGGUCAGGACCGGUGCUGGAAGCUCCGUCCAGCUGCCCACAUAUUUCUUUGCAAAGAGAAGGUUGAUACGGCACGCGGGUAUGGAAGAUGGGCUGGCAUUGCACCUCCUGAGUUCGACGGCAAGCGGCUUUGUGGUUUGCUGCGUGAUGCAUCCUCCGGACACUGUUAUGGCCAGAUUGUACAACCAGCACGGCAAUCUUUAUAGCGGCAUUUUUGAUUGUCUAUGGAAGACCAUCUCGACUGAGGGUGUGCUUAGCGUCUACAAAGGAUUUACUGCGCAUCUUGCUCGAAUCUUACCCCACACCAUCCUUACCCUCACCUUAGCAGAGCAGACGAACAAACUGGUACGGGGGAUUGAGACGAGAAUUUUGCCAAAAUCCCUGGAAGAAAAGUUAUGA